AUGCCAUUGUAUUUCUUUUACCUACUCAUAUUACCAAAGUCUAAAAGCACCGACUGCUCAUUUGAUGUAUGUGCCCCAGUUGCGAGUGUGAGUGUGAAUGUUGGCGUAAAAUCUUACCGAGUUCUUGGGCAGAAAACAUCUACUUUAGUCAAACAUAUAUAUAACGUAAAUUUCAUUGGAAAGAGAUUUAACGUUAGUGAAUUAUUUACAGCUGAGAUGAUUGGUGUUUUCUUUAUUCUUAUUAACAAAAAAAAAAGACAAGAGUUUGAAAUCAUUGUAAAUUCUGUCAGAAGACCAGUGUGGUGUAAUCCUUUGUAUUCUAUGAUAUAG